GUCCUGUUGCCGCCAUGGACGCCUCUGGUUCACAGAUGCCGCAGAGUUACCUGAACGAGUGCUUCGCAGCCAUCAACUCUCAGAUCCAGCUGCAGCUGUAUGCCACUUACAUCUACCUCUCCAUGGCCUACUUCUGCAAUCAAGACGAAGUGGCCCUGGGGUUCUUCGCGCUCUUCUUCCUCCGUCAGUCACAGAAGUGGAUGGAACGUAUUGAGGUACUCUUCCUCCUGCUGACCGAGCGCCGUGGCUCCCUUACCCUUGGGAGAAUCGCUGACCAAGACCGCCACGAGUGGAUGGAUGGCCUCAUGGCGAUGGAAUGUGCUUUUCACCUGGAGAAGACGCUCAACCAGAGCCUUCUGCAGCUGUACCAGCUGGCUAGCAACCAAGGUGAUACCCACCUGUGCAACCUCCUGAAGCGCCAUUUUCUCCAACAGCAGGUCGAAGUUCUCAAGGAGAUGGGUGGCUACUUGACCAACCUGCGCCAGAUGGGGGCUCCGGAAAAUCGCCUGGCUGAGUAUCUCUUUGACAAACUCACCCUGGCAGAGAGCACUAAGGAGAACUGAACUGGGACUGCCCCUGCUAUGGUGGGGGGAUCUCGCUCAGAUCAUCAGGCAAGGUGCUCACGUGGAAACUUCCAGAAGUUUCCCUAAUGUUUCUAUUUGGCUUUGUUUCCAAUAAAUUUGUUUCUCAGCAGAAUAA